AUGGAACUCUUAGGAAUUCUUCCCGAUGUUUACACUCUUGGUAUUUUGAUUAAUUGCUUCUGCCAUAUGAACCGGGUGGAUUUUGGGUUCUCUGUCUUGGCAAGAACUUUGAAACUUGGUUAUCAACCCCACUGUACAACUCUAACUACUCUUGUCAAGGGGCUCUGUCUUCAGGGUAAAAUCAAUCAAGCUGUGAGUUUAGUUGGUGAAAUGAGCAAGAAAGGGUAUGAACCUAAUAUGUUUACCUAUGGAACAAUAAUCAAUGGUUUGUGUAAAAUAGGGGAGACGAGUGUGGCUAUUGAGUUGCUUAAGAAGAUGGAAGAAGCAAAUUUGGAAUUUGAUGUUGUGCAGUAUAACACAAUCAUUUACAGUUUAUUGAAGGACAGAUUGCUAACCGAAGCUUUGAACCUUUUCUCUCAAAUGACGAGUAAAGGCAUUCAGCCAGAUCUCUUCACAUACAAUUCCUUAACCCAGGGCUUAUCCAACCUCCGCCAUUGGAAUGAGGUAACUGCACUAUUGAAAGAGAUGGUGCAUAGGAAGAUAAUGCCAGAUGUGACAACCUUCAACAUAUUGAUCUCUGCGCUUUGCAAAGAAGGUAUGCUGACAGAGGCAAACGAAGCUUUUGAUGUGAUGAUUCAAAGAGGCCUGAAGCCUAACACAAUUACAUAUACUUCAUUGAUUGAUGGUUAUUGUUUGCAAACGAGAAUGGACGAUGCAGUCAAAACAUUUAAUAUGAUGGUUGAGAAAGGCAUUCAGCCAGAUCUCUUCACAUACAAUUCCUUAACCCAGGGCUUAUCCAACCUCCGCCAUUGGAAUGAGGUAACUGCACUAUUGAAAGAGAUGGUGCAUAGGAAGAUAAUGCCAGAUGUGACAACCUUCAACAUAUUGAUCUCUGCGCUUUGCAAAGAAGGUAUGCUGACAGAGGCAAACGAAGCUUUUGAUGUGAUGAUUCAAAGAGGCCUGAAGCCUAACACAAUUACAUAUACUUCAUUGAUUGAUGGUUAUUGUUUGCAAACGAGAAUGGACGAUGCAGUCAAAACAUUUAAUAUGAUGGUUGAGAAAGGUUGUUCACCUUCUAUUAUUAGCUAUAGCAUAUUGAUCAAUGGGUAUUGUAAAAAUAGAAGAAUUGACGAGGCAAUGAGUCACUUUCAUGAAAUGUCUAACAAGGGAGUGAAUCCCAAUGUUGUCACUUACACCACUCUUAUAGGUGGGUUGUGUCGAGUGAAGAGACCUAAGGCUGCCCAAGAGCUACUGCAUAAGAUGCAAACUAGUGGUGAACAUCCAAAUCUUGUAACUUAUACUGUUCUGUUAAGUGGUCUGCUUAAGAAUAAAUUUUCUUCUGAAGCAAUGGAAUUGUAUCGAGAGAUGGAAGACAAAAAGUUGCGCCUUCCUAUUAGGAUAUACAACAUCUUGAUCGGCGGUAUGUAUACUACUGGAAAACUUAUGACCGCAAGAGAACUUUUUUAUAGUCUUGCUAGCAAAGGUUUGAAACCUGAUGCUUUGACUUACAAUACAAUGAUCAAAGGUCUUUGCAUAGGGGGGCUAAUAAAUGAAGCGAGUGAUCUGCUCAAGGAAAUGAUCGAGACAGGUUGCUCACCUAACAAUAUCACAUAUAACACAAUACUCCAAGAGUUACUGCGACAUAACAAGAUGUCAAAGGCAAAGGAACUUUUUCAAGUAAUGGUUAACAAUGGCUUCUCAGCUGAUGCGACCACCUCAGCCAUGUUAGUUAACCUUUCUUCUACAAAUCCGGCGGAUAAAACACUUGAAGAGUUGGUUCAAAAGCUUCUAUGA